AUGUCUGGGACGGAUGCUGUGCUCUCGUUGCUGGGGCGCUGCGCGGCCGCCGGCCUGGCGGCGGGGCACUGGCUGCACUUCUGGCUGCUGGGCCUGGCCGUGGUGGGCGGCGCCGGCCGCGACCUGCGCGCGGCGGCGCAGGGCGCGGCGCGCGCGGCUUCGCUGCCCGCGUGCGCGCCGGGCGCCCUGGCGGCGCUGGCCGGGACGUACGAGGAGAAGAGCAUGACGAAGUGGGUCCAGGAUCAGCUGAAGUCCAAGCUGGCGGGCGUCGCAUUCGAGAUCCCGGCGGGUGCUGGAGGGGGCUCCAUCUCCUGCUCCAGCGUCGACGACAUCAAGGGCGACGCGAACAUCUCGGUGUGCCGGGGCAAGAGAAGACAUCUCAUGGACAUGAGCUUCGACGUCGAGUACGAGGGGAAGGUAGGCGACAGCGGCGGCAAGGGCCGGCUGAGUUUUACCGAGGUCAACUGCGACGACGAGUGCGAGGUCGAAAUGAAGAUGAACAGCGACGUGCCCCCGGCGGUGCGGGAGGUGUUCAACGCAUUCGUGAAGCCCGCGGGCCAGGGGUUGCAGCCACUCUUGCUGAAGGAGAUAAAGGCCAUCAUCGAGGAGUACAAGGGCAAGUGAGCCUCCUGUGGCCCCUCCUCUUCGCCAUCCCCUCCUGUCGGAGGAGAGGGCCAGCCGAGACGACGGCGCUCCUCCCCGGCUUCUUUCCGUCCGGCUCGGGCUCCCUGCCCGCGCGGCACCCCUGCCAAGCCAGACCCACCCUACGGUGCAUCGACAAAAUCUCGGCGGCCGGCAUUCUGCACAGCCGCGCCGGGGGACGACCCGGCGCGGGCGCGCCGGGCCGCGCGGGCACUCUUCCCGCGCAGCGGUCAAAGACCCGAGACUCGCGCCGAGGGGAGCCAGGCUGCUCUCGGAGAAGG